CACUUACAACAAUUUAGCGCCACUUUAGUUUCCGAGACACGUCAACCGACAACAGGGGCUGGGCGCUGCCAGCCAAAAGGAUGAGUAAUUUCUACCGCCGACAGCGUCACUCCCAAAAUGCGCUACCACCAGUGUUUGCCGCUAAGACGAAACUAACCUUAUACGAAGCAGAGGCGCGACAGUAAACAAAACGCAACCGACGCGAAGAUACGCGAAUUUUGCGUGAAGCGGAAAACUGUGGAAGUGAAAUAAGAAAACGAAAGUAAAAAUUUUUGUGUAAAUGUGCAUGAAAUUUAAAAAUUGAAAUUUUAUGCAAAUAGAAAUGGAGAACCAGUGAAAAUUAUGCAAAGUAAAUUUUGCAAGUAAAAAUGUUUUGAAAAGUGCUGUGAUUUUCGAAAAUAUUGAAAAUAACAAAUUAAGUUCAAUUGCCCAUUGAAGUGAGCUGUCUGCUGUUGUGUAGUUCGGCAUGCAUUUUCUGCGAAAAAAGGCGAGUCCACAGCCCAGCAACAACAACGCCAACAGCACAAGCAACAAUCAAAAUAACGGUCAAAGUGGCAAUAUAAGUGGCAAUAGUACAAGUAGGCCACCUGAGGGUGAACAGCAUAGUGUUGCAAUAUUAACAACAACAACAACAACAAACAGCACAAAUAAUUGCAAACACAAUUGCAACAACGUCAACGCCGAAGAACACUUGGCGGAGGUGCUGGUUAUGCCGGUGAAUGACACAAAAGCGAUUACAGCAACAACAACAGCAGCAGUUAUAGAAAGACCAACUGUGGCGGAGGCCACUAAGAGCCGCACCAACACAACUGAUGAGAGCCAUGAAGCCGGCAUAAACAGCUGGAACUGUGGCAAUGCGGCAAAUGCGGCAACAACUGCAAGCGAGGCCAACACAAUGGUCGGGGUACGAAGUACGGCUGCCACUGCACCAAUUGCGCAAGAGGAAGACGACGCCGAGGAGGUUUGGUAUUCCGGGGAGGAGGAUGGUGACCCCGAUGUGGAGUUGGCAGAAAAACAACGGGAAAGUUGCUGCUGUUUGGUCAAUGACAACGAACAGUGUUGCCAAGUCGAUAUCGAUUUGAAUAUUAAUUCAGUUACAACAACAACAGUGGCGACAACAGAGAAACCAAUGCAGCGCAGCAAAUCGCGCGUGCGUACAUACUUGAAGCGGUGCAAGGAUCGGCUGACGGGUCAGCAUCAACAGGCGGUCGCAAAUACAACGAAUUCUACAGCAGCAACAACAACAACCGUCAGCAAAACGUAUGUGCAAGAUGAAAAGUGCCAAGAAUCGAUUGGCGUUGUGGUGUCGAGUACAGCGCGCAGCCCAAGCACCCAGCAAUUCUCCGCUCUCGAAGAAAAAAAGGAUGAAGAAAGGAGCAGAGGGGCGUAUGAGGAAGUUGAGAAUAAGGCGUGUACCACUACAUUAAUUGCCACAACCGACCGACAGGGCGGCGCAGUAGCGCACACGCUAUUUUCACCAAUUGCGAUGGUCGUGGAGGAAGAGCGCACGGCGGGAGAGGAGGCGUCGUUGGGGCUAGACGAAGAAGCGCACUUAACAAGCGAACAAUCGGUGUUGGCUUAUGAUGAUAUUGACUUUAGUUCGCCGUCACCGUCAGUGUUGACGGACAGCGGUAGUUCAAAUGUCAGUGCUGACCAACAACAACAACAACAUCCGACACUGUUGCCCUCUGCUAAGCAUAAGCGCGACGCCCUCACUUUGGCGGCCGCUGAAGUUGAAGUCCAAGUUGAUGACUCGGCUGAUUUAACUGUCGAACAAGAGACAAGACAGAUGCAACAAAAAAUGCCAACAACAGAUACAAAGUGACAGCCUGCAAACUGGCAAGCUAAAGUGCUCAACCGUUGCCGCUGAUGGCGGUAGAAGAAAAUUGCUACAACAACAAACACAGCAACAACAGUCGCUCAUGAAUAUCAGCAGCAGCUGUCCGCCACUUGUCAAGGAGGAACAAUUAGCUUGCGCUAUACAUAUGGACUCGGGCACCGCUGCGCUGAUUGACAAACACCUCGCCGCCAUUUAUCCUGUCUAUAUGGCGUGUACACGCUCGAUUCUAAUUCGGCAAGCCCGCGAUUUACUUGUCUGUUCCUAUCUCGGCUGCUUGCAGUCGUUCGAAAUGGAAUUCCUAUGCAAAUUUGCCGAAAUUGCUGCUGAGCUGCGGCAACGGCAUGCCGUCGGUGUGGUGAGUAAUCUACUCGAUAUGUGUUUGGGGAUUCUUGACCUAAGCGCAACACUAAAGUUAAAUAAUUGACAUAACAGCUGUUGUGAUUGGGUAAUCUGGCCAAAAUAGACAGUAAUUGGUAUGUGUAGGAAUCUUAUAGACAGUAAUAUACUCGAAAAGUUGUAUAUUAAAUUGAUAUUGUAUAAUUUGGUUUUCAGCACGAAGAUUUUAGAAAUUAGUGAACAUUAAGUUAGAGUAAAAGCUCGAGUCAUUAUAAAAAUUGUGAUAACGCUAGUUAAACCAAAGAGAAGUAAAGAAAAUUUUGUAGAACAUAUAUAAAUGAGAAAAACUAUAUUAAUAAAGUAAGGAAGUGCUUAAUUCGAGCGAGACCAAAAGUGAAAGCUUUUAAGAAUUUGUGUAUGAAAAUAUUCUCUAAAAUACAUUAAUGUGGUAAUAAUGUUAUCAAUUAAGGGGUUAGGUGUUGUCAGAGUCACGAAAAAACUAGAAUUUUUAAUAAUUUUUCCAAUAAAUAAUUUUAUUUUAUAAAAGUGAAAACGAAGCUUCAUAAAUUAUGUUUCGACCUGACUUGACAGAAAUUUGGUAAAAAAAAAAAAUUAAAAAUUAAUAACUCUUUGUGUUGAUCCGGUUCCAGCCG